AUGAGAGAAAUCAUUCACGUCCAAGCCGGUCAAUGUGGUAACCAAAUCGGCCAAAAGUUCUGGGAAACCAUCAGUCAAGAACAUGGUAUUGAUACCACGGGUGCCUAUGCUGGUGACAAUGAUCUUCAACUUGAACGUAUCAAUGUCUAUUACAACGAAGGCUCUUCCGGCAAAUACGUGCCUAGAGCUGUGUUGGUGGAUUUGGAACCUGCAACAAUGGAUGCUAUUCGUGGCAGUGGUUACGGCAAACUUUUCCGCCCUGACAACUUCAUCUCUGCUCAAUCUGGUGCUGGCAACUCUUGGGCCAAGGGUUAUUACACUGAAGGUGCCGAAUUGGUUGAAUCCGUUUUGGAUGUGAUUCGCAAGGAAGCCGAACACACCGAUUGUCUCCAAGGUUUCCAACUUGCUCACUCGCUUGGUGGUGGUACUGGUUCUGGUAUGGGUUCUCUUUUGCUCUCCAAGAUCCGUGAAGAAUACCCCGAUCGUAUGUUGUGCACCUACUCGGUUGUUCCUUCUCCCAAGGUCUCUGAUACCGUUGUCGAGCCUUACAAUGCCGUCCUUUCGGUCCAUCAGCUCGUUGAAAACUGUGAUGCCACCUUCUGUAUCGAUAACGAGGCUCUUUACGACAUUUGCUUCCGUACUCUUAAGCUCUCCAACCCUGGCUAUGGUGAACUUAACCAACUUGUCUCGGCUGUCAUGUCCGGUGUCUCCACCUCGUUGCGUUUCCCUGGUCAAUUGAACUCUGAUCUUCGUAAGCUCUUUGUCAACAUGGUGCCUUUCCCUCGUCUUCACUUUUUCAUGGUUGGCUUUGCUCCUUUGACCGCUUUCAACUCUCAACAAUACCGCAACCUUAGCGUGCCUGAAUUGACGGCUCAAAUGUUUGAUGCUCGCAACAUGAUGGCUGCUUCUGAUCCUCGCCAUGGUCGUUAUUUGACGGUGGCCACCAUUUUCCGUGGUCGUUUGUCCACCAAGGAGGUUGAGAACCAAAUGUUGGCUGUUCAACAAAAGAACUCUUCUUACUUUGUGGAAUGGAUUCCCAACAGCGUCAAGACCUCGCUUUGUGAUAUUCCUCCUGUGGGUCUCAAGAUGUCUGGUACUUUUAUUGGUAACAGCACCGCCAUCCAAGAAUUGUUCAAGCGUGUCAAUGAGCAAUUUACUGCCAUGUUCCGCCGUAAGGCUUUCUUGCAUUGGUACACUGGUGAGGGUAUGGACGAGAUGGAAUUCACCGAAGCCGAAUCCAACAUGAACGAUUUGGUGUCCGAAUACCAACAAUACCAGGAAGCUACUGUGGAUGAUGAGGAAAUGUUGGAGGAUGAAGAGUAUCUUGAAGAGGAAGAGGAUGUCGUGCUCGAUGAUGAGCAAUAG